AUGGGCGAAAGCUUAACCGUCAGACUCUUUGUGUGCACGCAGACGUACGACAUUCCGUGCGACCCGCGCCAGACCGCCAAGUGGCUCCUGCUCCAGGCCAAGACGAUCCAGCGCUCGAGGCAGAAGAAGAUGGCGCUCAUCGAAGACCAAGAGGAGCUCCAGGUCCUGUACAACCGCACGAGUCGCCAGGAGGUGCACUUGGACGCGUCCAUUGGGAGCGCCAUUUCGCCCAUGGACGUGGUCGAAGCUCGCGCGGUCCGGGAGCCGACCGACGCGGCGCCCAGUCGCGCCAUGUUCCCGUGGCUUCGGUCGAAGCCGCUGGGGCCGCUCGAGCGCUCGUCGGACGACGUCGUGGACGCGACCAAUGGCCUCUUUUUCCAGCAGCUCUAUGCGUUUGCCCUCGUUGGCCAACGCGCGCCCGUGUCGGCCGAGCAGUACAAGCAAAAGCACGACCAGGACGCAUUCUUGUCGCUCGUGCACACGUACGUCACGGGCACGUACGACCAGGAGAGCGCAUGGCGACAGACGCAGCGGAUGAACUCAGCAGCAACAGGACAAAGACGGUAUUCGGCACAGGGUCAUGGGGUAGGAGGCCGCUCAACGAGCGCUUCCGCGACGUGUGCUACUGCACAGAGAGAGAUUCAAAACCCUCCGCAUGGCGGACGGCGCAUGACGGUCCCGUCGUCGCCGGUGUACCCUCCCGAGCAUGAUCCGAGUGGUUUCUCCGACUCGGGAUCUGAUAGCAGUGUCGAAGACUUGUCGGCAUACCCGACUCGAUCUUCGCUGACGAACGGAUACGGUGGACCUCAACGCAUGGCUGCGCCCGCUGGCGGUACGCCAGCACAAGCCACGACCUUGUUCCCGGCACGCACGGGCCCGCAGGACGCUUUCGAGGGAAUGGAAAACGUGUUUGACAUUGUGUUCAAGCAGCAGGCGAUUGGAAUGAAACUUGGUGCAGACGAGAGCAAGCAGUACGCGAUUGUGAAAGAGUGCUUUGAGGGGUCCGAAGCGAAGCGGUACCCCGAGAUCCAGAACGGUGUGGUAAUUUUGGCAGUCAAUGGGCAAGAGGUGGGUGGUCUUGGACUGUCCCGCGUGCUGUACCGACUUCGAGAGGCUCCGCGUCCAGUGGUCGUUCGCUUUGGCCGCAUGUCGACUCACCAACUGCGAGAGCGACGCAAAGGCCGUGGUCCGUGGUAA